GAAGUGACUGGGACUGUUUGUCUCACGAUGUAAUCAACUCGCUCUGUUUGCCUUCAACUGUCAUUCCUUUUUGCUUCCAGUCGCGACAUAGACCCUUUGGAGGUUGACCUAAUCAACCUCCAACUAGCAUGUCUCGAUAUCCUCAGAACAUAUGCCUAGAUCCCACCUUGGCAUCUGCAAACGUCGAGGCUUCGCGCAAUUCACAAGAUACUGAUCAAGUUCAAGUAGUGCUUUUUCUUUCAGCCAAACCACUCAUCCGUUCUUUUCAUAUUCAAGCUAACAUGUCAAAGACUGUCAUAUCACCCGCUGCAAUGAUGUUUCUCAGCUCUUCUGACCACGACCUUAUCAUAUCGGAGAGUUCUGCCUCGCAAAUGUCAUUACAGCCGACAUCCCCCAUGACAACGCAUCGAAAAAGUUCAUCGGGCCGGCAAAAGGGACCACGAAAGCCUCGACAGCACAUUUCAGGUGCAAGCCUGGAUGAGGUGGCUAAGCUUGAGCAAUUUGCGCGACGGCAGUUCAUCGCAUUUCUUGACAAACAACGUACAACAUGGCCGAUAAAGGAGGCAUUUCCUGAUCUGAAUCCCAGCCAUUAAACAUAUGAGAGUGCAGUGGCAAGAGUCCGCAAGCUGUACGGCACUUGGAAACAUCGCAGUUUGGGCCUUGCGGUGAAAUGUUAUGACCACUGGGCUUCAUCACAGCCAGGGGGCAAGCCAGGGAAAUACAUGAACUGUACGGACUUCAAGGAGUUGCGCUGCGCAUUGAAUGCCUCGUACGAUAUUCGCUGGGUGUCGUACAUUUUCUCCUGGGCAGAUGAUGUCGUCUCUUUUCAUGACUGCUCUC